AUGAGAGAUUUUAUUACGAAAAUCUCAGCAGAAACUGAACAAAUCUAUUAUGAAUUAUGUUAUCAAAAAGCUCCUAGACGCUUGGCUUGGUCACCUUUAAACAUAAUUGCGUGGUGUCAAACCUUUGAAAAUUCAUCAGAUACUUCUUCACAAGAAUUACCUAUUAUAGGGAUAUUUAAUCCAGCUCGUAUAUCUUCGUCUAAUAAUAAUAAUAGUGAUGGCAAUAGUAAAAUCACUGGACCGGCUUGGUCAUUUAUUCACCCAAAUAAUUUUUCUCCACUUACAAAUUCCGAGAAAAACCAUCGUUGUAGUGAAUUUAUAACUGAUAUAGUUUGGAAUAUGACUGGAUCAGCACUUGCGUCAAUAGAUCAAAGAGGUAAAAUUUUUAUAUGGACUAUGGUUAGUUAUAUAAAUCGUUGGACAUGUUUUCGCGAUUUUGAUUUGGGAGAAAAUAUAAUUGAAUUUUCAUGGCUUGAUCAUUUAAGACCUUUUUCAAAAUCUACACAAAAUGGUUCCACUGGUCAAACAUUAUAUAAAAGAAAUAAACAUUUUGGUUAUAACAAUAAUUUUGGCGAGUAUUCUUUCAUAACAGUUACUGCAGAUGGCAAGGUAUUUGUUUAUCAUCAGCCAGCAAAAAAAAGCUUUUCAACUUUCACAGCUCGAUUACCGUAUCCUUCUUGUCGUAUAUCACAUGCUAACAUAAUCCUUAAUGAUGAUAUUUUACCAAAAGUUGCAUUGAUAUAUGAUAUUUCAAUUGAUUUGCUCAAGUCACAAGUUUGUUGUCAUUUAAUCGGCAAUGUACAGCUUACUGCACCCAUAGAUGAAAUAUUUAGUCCGCAUGCACAACUUAUUCAUUUAAAGUUGUUACCAAGAACCUCAACUCAUCCAAUUAGACUUUUAAUAAUAACAGCUGAUAAAACUGUAGAGAAUAAUGUAGAGAGUUUUGAUAGUGAUAUUACAAUGUGGGAACUUAUAACUAAUAAAGAAUCACAACAAAAAUUAGACGGGGGAGAUAUUGGAAGUGAAAAUUUUACUACAGAACAAGGUGAUAAUAGCACAUUAUCAACUGAUAGAUUUACAAUGACGCUAAAAUUUGUAAUAAUUAAACAUAUACCGAAGCAACUGAUUACUGGUAUUUGGCAACAUGGAAAUGAAUUAGCUAUUGGCUCUAAUGAUGGAAAAGUUCAGUUUUGUGAUUGUAGUAACAUGUUAAAAACAUUGCCACAAUCAGGACCACUUGAGACCACAUCCUUUAAAGAAGAUUUAUUUCCUACAUUUAGUAGUUGGGUGCCUUCAAAUUAUACACAGGAAGAUUCUGCUAUUUUAGAAUUUUCAUCUUCGCCCAAUGGGACGAUGCUUCUAUGUAGAAGAUUAACAGGAAAACUGAAUUUCCUUGAUAUGGCACAGAUAGGUUUAACCAGAUCUCAAUUCGAUAAUAACUUCUUGGAUUUUCCGAUGGUUGUAAAAUCUUGUGCAGAUGUUUUAACAUUAUCUAUAUUAAAUGGAAUUGACCAUGUUGAUUUAGAAAAUGUAAUAAAAAAACAUGAAGAAAUGUUGGGAAUUGAUGAGAUUAUAUUGGAAGAAACUUUUACCAACCUUGCAACUGUUUUUCCAAAUAUAACAGAAUAUUCUAUGGGAUCAGAUUAUCUACUUACACUCUUUGGAAUACAAUUAUCGUUAUUGAAAUCAUGCGGUCGUGAUAACACUGUAUAUUUGAAUACAUUAUAUUUUAUUCAACUGUCUGCAUUGGAAAAAAUAUUUCUUGAUUAUAAAGUCUCUGAUGGAAAGUUUUCAAUAGAAUUAUUAAGAUCUAUGACAUAUAUAACAAUUUGGAUUUUGGAUUUUGCUGUGUUUUUAAUAAAAGAUAUUCAUUUAUUAUUUUUCACAAUAAAAAAAGGUCAUGAUUUAGGUUCAGAAAAGUCACAUAUUGUGUUAUUUUAUAAUCCAAUAACUAGAAAUGCAUUAAAGAAUCUAAUAAUAUUAGUUGGUCAAUUCAAAGAAACUCUUUACAAUCUUUCAAAACAAAAUUCCAGUGAUUCAGCAAUUUAUGAAUUAAACAAAUCUUUACAAUUUUCAUUUGAUAAAUGGCCACUAGAUUUAGCAUUUUUAAAAUCUUUUAUUGACGAAUCUUUUGAAAUUAUUGAAAAGGCGAUGAAAGGUGUUCCUGAUAAACAAAAAAUUGAAUAUAAGGUGAUCAUAAGAUCGAAGUUAUCAAUGUUUCCUUCAUUACAUGGAACUCUAAAAGAUAUAGAACAAAGUUAUAAAACCAACUUUAGUGAAAUUAAUAAGGUUAAAUUAUAUUAUUAUGAUACGGAAUGGAUCAAAUCUGAUUCUGUGGACAUUCUUUUGAAGUCUCGUACAAUCAAAGAAAAAGCAUGUACAAGAUGUGGAAAUUUUUCAGCAACAACAAGUUUGAAUAAUAUGAUCUGGACAAAAGGUUAUUCAAGAUCAUCAAAUAUCGACAAUAAUCCAGCCACUUCAUCUGAUAUGAUCGAUAGCGAUAACAAUAAAAGAAAUGGCUCAAAUAUUGGUCUAAUAAUAGGAAUAACUAUUGCAAUAAUUAUAAUUGGCAUUUGUGCAUUUGCUGGAUUUUUGUGGCGUCGUAGAAGAUUAAGACGUUUCUCAAGAGUUACACCUAUGGAAAGUUGGAAAAUACUUAAUGAUCCGUCCACAGAUUUUAGAAGAUCAUCAAGGAUGCCAAUGACGACAAAUUAUUCGCCUUCACAGCCAUCAAAAACUUUUCGAUCAAAUCAAGAAUUUCCAAGAGCGAAAAGAUUAGUAUAUGAUAGAGAAACUACAUUACCGAAAAUUCGACGAUCUAAUGAUACAUGGGAACAAUAUUUAAGUAUGUGA